AUGUCUUGCCAACGCCUAUCAACCGUCCACGGACUCGCACCCGAAAAGCUCAUCAAACUCGCUUUCAAGUUCCUCCCCUUCCGCACUCUCCAAGCCGUCUUCGCGACGCUUCACCCCGCUCAACAUCGCAUCUUGAUGCAACAACGGCGCCGCGGCGUGAGUCUGCACCAUCUAGCAGACACACUAUACUACCACCAAGGCGCCACACUGUCGCGCCUAUCGCGCUGGAACGAAAUGACGAAGCUGCAAAUGCAGCAUGAACUCCUCAAACGAGAACACCUCGACGAGGGAGAGGAAAAGAGCUUGAGUGAAUGGGGACUGAGGAUCAGAUUGGUGUGCGUCAUGGCUGAGGAGAGGAAGGCCUGGAAGGAGGGGAAGGAGCAGAGGAGGGUGGAGGAGGAGGAAGACAGGAGGGCAUGUAUCGCGCAGUGUAGGGCGUAUGAGGAGGAAGAUGAAGGUGAAGCUAUGGAUAUUGCCGUCGCCGCUUCGCAGGAAGGAGGUCAGGUGAUGUUUACAUCGCUCAUCGCAGAGAUCAACGGCGGAGAACCCUCCACCAAGAAGAGUACAACCCAGCUCAAGUCAGAGACUGCGCGAAAGCGUACCGUCGCGGGGACUACAUCAACUUCGGCGCCAUCACUUCGACAACGCGCGGUUCCUCGUCGCCCGCAACAGCGUCAAGCCAUCGACCGGUACACGGCUGUAGCGCACAACCCAUGGAGGGAGCCAAAGCGCCUAGCAAAAUACUCAUACGAGCUAAUGAAGCAACAAGAGCUUCUCGAGGAAGCGCACAUCCGAGGGCUUGAGAUCGACAACGGGGAUAAAACAUACCUCGUAAACAUCUUGAUCAUCGACGACGAGGCCUACGCCAAACUAAUGGAGGUACUCGGUUGCCGCUUCAAAGCCGCCGACUUUGCGCAGGGCGAAGUGAGGCUCUACAACCACGAGAUGAAGCGCCAACGAGCUGAAGCAGAGGCGAAGCAGCAACAAUCGGUCCGUGAGAUGCAUAAGAAUGCAAAACGAGAUGCGCGCGUCAAGGCCGAGAAGCUGGUAUGCGAGAAGAAGCAGGCUGAGAAUAAGGCUGCUAAAGCCAAAGAGCAAGAGCACCGGAAGCGAAAGAGAAGCGGCAACCGCGAUUCUGGUUGCUCUUCUGCCCCCAAGAAGGCCAAGUUCAAGCAUGCACCGGCGGUGUCUUCGCGCUCAAGAAAGACCGGCGCCAGCAAGGCAUCAUCAGGCGAUAGGAAGUUUGUCAAGAUGAGUGUUGCCAACGACAUGAAGGAUGCGCACGACGAUGACGACGAUGAAGAUGGACUUGGCGACUUCAUCGUUGAUGACCUGCCGCAGAAGCCGAAGCGCAAGAGCGAUGUAGGCGGCAUGGCAAGGAGCAGGUUGAUUGCUGGGUUUUGA